AUGGAUACAGUCAGAGAGGAGGUCUGGCCAAUGGCUGCACCCCAGCAGCAGCAGCAGCAGGGGUCGGCGCCUCGUGGUCCGCAUCCGCAGCAGCAGAACGGCCGUGUCGAUCUCCGGGACCUCAAGGCGCAGAUGGAGAAGCGGCUGGGUCCGGACAGGUCGCGCCGCUACUUCGGCUACCUGAGCACCUACCUCUCGCAGAAGCUCAGCAAGCCCGAUUUCGACAGGAUGUGCCUGCUCACGCUGGGGCGCGAGAACCUCCGGCUGCACAACCGGCUCAUCCGCUCCGUCCUCUACAACGCCUACCAGGCGCAGUGCCCGCCGCCACCACCAGAUGCCGCGAGGUCGGCCAAGAAGGUUUCCCAGGCUGCUGCUGGAGCGUUCAGUUCUUGCAAUGGGGAUGCUAGGCUGCUACAGGUCCAAGGGUCCAGGCCUGUGGGCGCGGCAGUGCAAGAUCAUCAGUUGAAAGACCGGUUCAGAAACAUGGGCCCGAAUGGUAGGGUGGAAGCUGCUGCUGCUGCCAGUCACACCCAGGUUGUCCGUGGGGGUUCUGCGGCGCCGGAGAAUGGCGCCCUGAGUUCAGUUGAGUUGAAGAGAUCUGUGUCCUUUCAACAGCAUGAAGCAAAGCAUCUGCGCGUGGACCAGCUGCUCCCUGAGAACGUGCUUAAGAAGAGAAGAGUUGUGAGCGAUGCAGCUGCGGAUCGUUCUGCUCAGACGUCGAGAAGUCCUCUACGAGCUCCACUUGGGAUCCCCUUUUGUUCAGCUAGUGCAGGUGGGGCAAGGAAGUUGUUGCCGCCACCGGUUAAUGCAGGUGAAGAUCCCUUUACCAGCUGCUAUGAGCAUGGCCAGCUGCUGAACACGGAGGUUCUGCGUAAGCGGAUGGAGAAAACGGCAGAAUCGAUGGGUCUAGUAGGUGUCACGAUGGAUUGUGCUGAGCUUCUGAAUAAUGGCUUGGACUCCUACUUGAAGAACCUGAUUAGGUCAUCUGUUGACUUGAAAGGAGCUGAUGUUCGAAAUGAUGCGAGAAGAGGGGCAUCAUAUAAGCAGCAGCAUGGCCACGGGAAGCAGAUUAACGGUGCUUGGUUGCCGAACGAAGUCCAGAUGCAAUCGAGCAGUGGACAGUCAGAAGCUUCGCAUGAUAGCAGAAGUCGCCGCUUGAUCUCUGCUGAUGAUUUCAGGGUAGCCAUGCAGCUGAAUCCCCAACAGCUUGGGGAGAAUUGGCCAGUCCUUCUUGAGAAGAUAUGUAUACGCCCCUCGGAGGAAAAUGACUGACAGAUGCUGCUUGUUAGUUCAGAUCAAAUUUUGUCCGAUGUAUUUCUUCUUGUCCCAUCUAAUGUACAUUUGAGCUGAAGUAACAAUACUGCAGUCACACCACAGAAGAUGCAUGUUUGGGGAUCAAGGCAGAAUUCUGCUCCCAGAUUUGUAGUGAAAGAAAGUCAUUCUUUUGUCCUGAUAAUGAUGCCCCAAUAAAGGAAGUCGUCUUCUGUUCAUGCUGCUUAGGCCUCGUUAGGACUCCGGAGGUGGAGACUGUUACAUCCAUAAGUCCCGACAUCUAUGUAACAUCUGGCAUAAAGGGACAGAGCACAGCAAAAUGCAAGUGCUGUCAUGUAACUUAUAGGGAAAUGUUCUGUGAGUUUCUAGAUCAGGAUGUACAUUAUUGAUUGCAAAAUUUUCUAGAUUAUCCUCAGUACUAAUUCAGGAUCGUGGAUGUUAAUUUUAUUUAAAUUCUUUGUAACUGUUUUGCAAGUUAUAUUCUAGAUCUAAUA